CGCCCCUCGCCUGCCACUGAAGCAAAGUUCCACCAUCUGUACCGGACGAGUGAGAGAGUGCCGCUUUAUAGCGCAGUGGUUGAACUGGUGAAGCAAUGCCAGAUUGCUUUGAUGAUGUUCGGCAACUUGGCUCCGGAGUAUGUGGACGGGCUGCUCUGUGAUAUGACAGAGGCUGCUAUAGCCGACUGGUGGACCGAGAUUGGCAUGGAUUUGUACAAUAUCGAACCCAGUGAUAGCAUGCUGGGCCCCAUUUCAGUCUCUGCUCUGCUGGGGACCCUGAUUGGGGCCCGGAAUCGGCUCCAUGCAUUCGGUGCUCCCGUCGGCAAGGACGCGUUUGAUAUUGAGAACCUCGAACGGGGGAUUGGGAGCUUUCAGAAAUCGCAGAAGAUGAAACGGACCAGACGGCUGGACCGCCAGACCCUCGACCGGUUGCAUCGCGUGACUGCGAAAGCAGCAAAUGCCGAGGGCUGGACCGAUGCUGUGAAGUCGACGAUGGCAGAGUUGAGUGGGCAUGGCGGUGAGAUGGUCAUGGGAAUGGUGCGGGGUCGCGAAAAGGGCGGCAUCGCAGACAUCGAGACUCUGGACAUCGACACCUUUGCGCGCCUGGUCAAAGGCGAGAGGGCAAAGUGGCUGUGGAGGGGCAAACCGCGCAAGGGUGGCAUCGGCGAGUCAGUGAUAGGCGGACCGGCCGCAGCGGACAUGGUCUUCACCUCUGAUGAGCAGGGAGGGUACCUCUGGACGACGCGCAAAAGACAUUCUCAGGAGGACAUGACGGCGGAACGGCUUCGCUCGGAGGCUGAUCGCUCACAGAAGCCCCCAGCGCCAGGCGUCCCGUUCGACGAGAAGGAUCAGAACCUGAGCAGUAUAGUGCGGAGAGGCGUCAGUGGAAAAGUAUCCGACGCACGAGCUGGAUUUGGCAGGUUCAAAGAUGCAGUCGGCCUACGGUCGCAUCCCUCCAAGCAUACCAGGGAGGGGCAAUAUGGGUAUGGCGACUCGUCUCACCUGCCGCCGAUCGACAGUGAUACCGAACCGAGCCAAUUGAACAAACCCGACGGCGACGCGAACACCGCGGACCAAGCAAGUAUCCAUGAGUCCGAAGGCCGAGCUCCCAACGAAGACGCCGCCGAGUCUGUGCCCAGCACUGUGCCCCCGCAAUCGCCCGAAGCCAAGGCACCCGCCAUAACGGUGGAGGAAGUUCCGGACAACGUCGACUCAGAGUCUGCCCGCAAGGUCUCGGCCAUCUACCAGCCAGAAAACGAAGCAGCGCCCGACGAAGCAGAACGUCAGCGAUCGCCUUCGAGCGACGUCUCCGCCGACAGGGAGCGCACCCCCGAAAUCGGGAUCAUGCUGCUGCGCCGGCCCCAAAGCUGCGUCCAGCUGGGCGACGACCCCGAGCUCAUCCCCGAACGCGCCGAGGGCCACUGGCCGCGCCACCUAUCCUUCAGCACCGUGGAAGAGGUCGUGCUCGGCUGGGAAGGUGUUGGAGCAAGCAGCAGCAGCAGCCUCCAGGAUCGGCCCGACGCCUCCACCUCCUUGGAGGAGGCAAUCAUCGAGGAAGACAUCCAGGCCGCCGACGCCCGCCUCUUCAGCGCCCGCAUCCGAGAGCUGAGCGAGCAAACCGUGCCCUGGGUCGAGCAGCAGGUGGCUUCGGUCGACGGGCUGAACCGCUGCCUGCACGAGAGCCACGAGAAGAUCAACGCCGCCUACCUGGAGCGGCUCGCAGUCUUCGAGCAACUGCGCGGCCGCUCCAGCGAUCAGUUGACCGAGGAGCACACCCACCUCACGGACUACAUGCGGCGCGUCGAGCUGAUGGGCGCCAAGCUGGACUACGAGCUCCACGUCCUCGAGUCCAAGGUCGGGGAAGUCGAGACCGGGCUGGCCGAGUUCGAACGCCACGUCGCCGAGGUGGAGACCCGCGUCCGCUUGCUGGUGCGCGGCGAGAAAGACAGGAAGGCGGAUAAGGAAGAUUCCUGGUUGACUUGGUUGGGCAAGCUGGCGGGGUUUUCGAGAUGAGUUGAAUUGAGAGGGUUUUUUUUUUUGUUUUUUUUCUUUUUGGCCUGGGGCGUGUCGAGUGGAGUGGGGUUUGUAUGUCGAUCGGUAUAGGUGC